ACUAGAAUGCGGGUUCUCUUUUCCGAUCUUCUUGCCCUCCAAGUCUUCCUACUUUUCUCCCUAUAUAACUAGUUUGCAACAACCUAAUAUAACCAAAGGAGAAAAAUCAAAGAAACCCAAAAUCAUAACAAAACAAAAACCCUUGUUUUCUUUUUAAUUCCUUUGAUUUCUCUUCUUCACUAUGAAUCUCUUAGUGUCCUCUUCUGUAAUGGCUAAUAAUGGAGCAGUCAAAGGCAUGAGACCUAAAACCAAGAUUGUCUGCACAUUGGGACCUGCAUCAAGGUCUGUACCUAUGAUCGAGAAACUCUUGAGAGCAGGAAUGAAUGUUGCUCGUUUUAACUGCUCCCAUGGAUCUCAUGAAUACCACCAAGAAACCCUUGAUAAUCUCAACAUGGCAAUGGAAAAUACUGGAAUUCUUUGUGCUGUUAUGUUGGAUACUAAGGGUCCAGAGAUCCGAACAGGGUUUUUGAAGGAUGCCAAGCCCAUCCAACUCGAGCAGGGUCAAGAGAUCACCAUCUCCACCGACUAUACCUUAAAGGGUGACAGGAACACAAUUUGCAUGAGUUACAAAAAACUAGCUGAGGAUGUGAAACCCGAUAGUGUCAUAUUAUGUGCAGAUGGCACCAUCACACUGACUGUGCUCUCAUGUGACACAAAGUUGGGUUUGGUUCGCUGUCGCUGCGAGAACUCUGCUCUUCUUGGUGAGAGGAAGAAUGUAAAUCUUCCUGGAGUUGUUGUAGACCUACCAACCUUGACAGAGAAGGACAAGGAAGACAUCUUACAAUGGGGUGUACCCAAUAAGAUUGAUAUGAUUGCCCUCUCCUUUGUUCGUAAGGGGUCAGACCUGGUGGAAGUCCGUAAACUGCUAGGAAAGCAUUCAAAGUCAAUCCUUCUCAUGUCUAAGGUUGAAAAUCAAGAAGGUGUAGCUAAUUUUGAUGAUAUCCUUGCCAACUCGGAUGCAUUAAUGGUAGCACGUGGUGAUCUAGGAAUGGAAAUUCCAAUCGAGAAGAUAUUCCUCGCGCAAAAGGUCAUGAUCUACAAGUGCAACAUCCAUGGAAAACCUGUUGUCACUGCAACUCAGAUGUUAGAGUCUAUGAUCAAGUCUCCACGACCCACUAGGGCCGAAGCAACUGAUGUUGCUAAUGCAGUUCUUGAUGGUACAGAUUGUGUGAUGCUGAGUGGGGAAACUGCAGCAGGAGCUUACCCUGAACUAGCUGUUCAGACCAUGGCCAAGAUUUGCAUAGAAGCAGAGUCCAAUCUUGACUACAGUGCUGUCUUCAAAGGGAUCAUGAAAUCUGCACCGGUACCCAUGAGCCCAUUAGAGAGUUUAGCAUCCUCGGCAGUACGUACUGCAAACUCUGCGAAAGCUGCCCUAAUUUUGGUCCUAACCAGGGGUGGAAGCACUGCCAAGCUGGUAGCUAAAUACAGGCCAUCUAUGCCGAUCCUUUCUGUUGUUGUCCCAGAAUUAAAGACAGAGUUCUUUAACUGGACAUGCAGCGAUGAAGCUCCAGCUAGGCACAGUCUUAUUUACCGAGGAUUAGUCCCUGUACUGAGCUCAGGAUCAGCAAAGGCUUCUCAUGCGGAGUCAACAGAAGAAGCAUUAGAUUAUGCUCUUCAACAUGCAAAGGAGAAGGGAUUUUGCCAACCAGGAGAUUCAAUUGUGGCGCUGCACCGUGUUGGGGCCGCAUCUGUCAUCAAGAUCAUGACUGUUAAGUGAUUUACUAUGAGUGCCAGUGUGUUACUUUCAGGCCUGAUCGGGAGGACAAUUGUUGGCUAUUUUUUUGGGUCCUAGCUUUGUUUAUCUUUUUGAUUUUGUUUUCAAUAUACUGUUUCUCUGUUGCGGAGAAGUCGGGCUUUGAAAUGUCAAUUACAGCACAUUGACAAUUUUUCCUCGGCAAAGAAGUUACCAUUCUUCUUGAUUGAACAUUUCUUAUAUGAUUUUUGAGUUAAUGCUACUUCUUCUCAGUUUCAGUCA